CAAAUAUUUAUGAUGUUGAUGUGCACUUUCCGUUUGCUUCCCAGGCGGCAGCGGCAGAUACCCCUCGCUCAUCGUCUCCUCAGCAACAGCAACAGCAACGGCAACGGCAGAACAAAGAAACAAUGAGCUACAGGCAUGUCACAGAGCCACACCGUUCCACAGGCAAAAAAAUCCUCAUCCCCUCAUGCCUUGGGAUGAUAGCUAUUGGGCACUCAAAUCUUUACCCUCCUCCACUACUAGAGUAUGGCUACCCUUAUCAACCUCCCCUAUCAAGGUCAGGGGUGUACCCUCCACCCCCACCACCCCAGGGAUAUCCGGGCUACUUCACCGACGAAUACCCUCCACCUCAACCACCACCACCAUCUCAGCCAUACUACCGGGCCUACGAUGAUGAUGAUGGAUCUUGCCUCUCUUUCCUGCAAGGAUGCAUUGCUGCUAUCUGCUGCUGCUGUCUGCUGGAGAAAUGCUGCUACUAAAGACAGGAUUGCUGCUAAAGUUUGUGCCAGCAUGCUUGGACAUCAGAUCUGUUGUUGUUCAAGUUCCAGCAAACUUCUCUUCUUUCUCUGUGUUCAUGGUCUACAGUCUCCAUGGAACACAUCCAUGGCAUAAAUCAGAAAGCUGGUGCUGUAAUAGACUUGUAUAUCUAAUAGUCUCUAUAACAAAUGUCAAACACAUUUCCAUUA